AUGAUACUAUCUCACAAUUCACAGGAUUCAUCAUCACCAUCAAAUUUACCAGAAUAUUCAAAACCAGCAGAAAUACUACCUAAUUAUGUUUCGUCAAUAAAUUAUUAUGGAUUAGCCCUUAUUAAAACUGAGUUUAAUACCCCAUACCAUUACAAUGGUACUAAUAGAUCAUGGAGACCAGUAUUAUUACAUAUGAAUUCAACUCAGUUAAAAAUUUAUAGUAUUAAUGGCGAUAAAAAAUUAAAAGAAUUGAUAUUAAAUUUAUAUUUUGAAUUGAAUAACUUGAAUCAAUUGACAAUAGAUGUUAAUACGGAGUUUAGAAAUAAAAAUGGGUUUAAUUUUAGCUCAACAAAUUCUUGCAAUAACGAAUUAAAUGAUCUUUUCGCGGGAGACGCUUAUGGUUGUAACAUUAAUACAUUUGAUCCGAAUAAAAAUUCAUCAGUAUUAAAUCAAACAAGUUUUGAUAAAUUAAAGACGAAAUUAAAGAAUAACAAAAACCAAAAGAUUUUGUCAAAUAUAAAAAGCUACUACGAAAUUUUAAAGGACAAUCAAUUACUAUUUGAAGCAAAUGAUGAAAAAACAGAAACCUUCAACAAAUUUAAGGGUUCAUUAUUACAUUCUUAUAGUUUAACAAAUUUACAAAUUGGUGAAGCUCCAUCAUUAAACCAAUUAAUAUCCGCAAUGUACAAAGAAGAUAAUAACAACUCAUCAAUUUUAAAUCAAACUUCAUCAUUAGUAAAAUAUAAAAAUUGUUUGAGGUUAAGAAUUGAAUACAAACAAAUAUUAUUACAAUUUUGGUCAUUUAAUUCAAUGAUUAAUUGGUUUAGAAAUUUAUCAAUUGGUAAAGAUUUAAGUACACCAUUGGAAUUAAGAACGGUCACAAAAUUAAAAUCAAUACCUUCUAGAUAUUCAAAUAGAAAUAAUGCAUUAUUAGCUGCUACAGCCGCAGCUGCAUGUCAUGGUAGAGGAUCCUUUUCAUCAACAUCACAAUCUUUCACAGAGGAAGUAGAUUUAGCUAGAUCAAGUUUAUUAACUCACAAAGAUUACGACUCUGAUAUCAUGAGUUCAACUUCAUCCCUAAUUGAACAAGAUUCAAUUUUUGAUAAUAGAAGAGAAUCAAUAACAUCAACAUCCACAACCACAUCAAAUGAAGAAUUGAAUUCAAAGUCUCCACAAUAUAUAACAAUAAAUGGCUAUGAAUUUUUCACAAAAGACUUUAGUUAUUCACCAAUUGAAAAACAAUAUAUUUCAAAUUGUAUACCAGAUUUAAAUUCUUAUGAUAGAUGGAAUGGAAAAUUAUGUACAAUAAGUAAUGUUGAAAAUUUUUUAAAAGAUGAAAGAAAUUUCAAAAAUAAUAAAGAUGUUUUCAUAAGUUAUACAACUUUAAAUGAUUUAGUUUUGGGGUUUGAUAAAAAAUUUUUAAAUCAAUCUCAUAACAAAUUAUAUACUACAAGAACUUUUUUAAUUCAUCAAAGUGGAUUAGUUGGAAUUGCACAAGAUUAG